AUGACCACUCCUGCGCCAUCGUCGCUAGCAACACAGCCCCUGUUCUACAUCUACGAUGAGGAUGAACGAUCUCAGGUGCUGUCGCUGGCCCCGCUUGCUCAAGGGCUGUCGCAAUUGGAGCUGCUUCUUACAAUACCAAUCGAGCUGACUCAUUCUUAUUCCUACGCCCAACUCCUGCCACAUUCCCUUGCUCUUCGGCUCAACAUCCUCAAAAGAUCUCUAGAGAUCCUCAAAGAUCGGCCAAACUUGGUUCGACUGCUUGUACCUGAAGACAAUGAUGAAUCCGACGAUUGGAUGCCUCCAAUAUAUCCCACACUCUCAAAUCAACUGGUUCAAUCAUUCAAAACAUCCAUCUUCAAGCACAAAAACAAUUCACAAGACGUGGUAUCGGGAUCGCCCAACUCGGCGCAGAUGGUGCCACCAAAUGCACUGUCAGCGGCUCUUGCUGCACUUUUUCGCCCACCAAUUCGUCGUCUGGAUUCAUUUCCCGUGGAGAAGGUGUUGAGCACCGGUAAAUCUAAUCAGCCCAUAGGUCGUACUGUCAGUGCAUCUCAUGACUCCACUCAAAUAUCGGAGCUUAUUGGUAUGAUACAAAGUGAUUCUGAACAAUUGAUGAGAGACACUGAUGUGGCAAAAAAAUUACAUAACUUGUCACUUUCACGAAUUCUGCACAUUUUAGAAGAUGAACUGGCUGUGAAGAAGAAGUUGUUGUACGCUCUUGCGACGCCUUUCGUUGACCACCCACAAAACACAGCGCUCCUUCUCGCUGAGACCAAUCAGAUGCCAAAAUCUCCAUCAAUGCAGCCUCUGCUGCUUGCAUUGAACACGUUGACCCUGGGAGUUCCACUGGCCCCGCCGGGCAGCACAAACCCAACUCGUGUAUUCCACGCUCAAUCCAAGAAAAAUGCACCACAACUGGUAUUUACUGUGUCAAUGGAUAUGCCUUGGGAAGUGAAAGCUGCUAACGACUUGGCAUGUAUUAUGUUUGGGGUACUGAAAGCUCAAUUCAAAUCUCUCACACUUAUGGAUUUGAUUGCCCCUCAAUUUCGUGACUUUGUGUUUCAACGUUUGAAUCGCUGUUUAUAUGCUGAAUCAUUUUCAAAGCGCCAACUGAACUUAGAGGUAAUUGAGGCCGUUCGAAAAGAUAUUAUAUUUGCCGGUGAGAUUGUCGCCAUAUCCAAACCAGGCCUGCGAAACUUUACAUAUACUUCACUUUGGGCCAAAAGGAAAGGGUCGCUUAUCAUAUGCAUGUUUGACCAAAUCCAUUGCGAUGCUUUUGACGUCGUGGUACAGGUGCCAAGUGCAUCAGUCUCAGAUGUAAAACAAAUUACUGGUGAUUUCGUUCUGUUUUCUAAUCAAUGGGACUCGUUGGCUCUGAUACUGAGCUCGUUAACCGAUGACAUAAAGAAAUCUACAGAUGUCGAAGCCGCACUGUCUAUUGUGAGUCACAGACGAUACUACACUUUGACUACCGUCGAUGAGGAUGGUGCCCAUCCCAAUGUGCCCUGCGCUGUCAUAGCGACAGCAAUGGAACUGGAUCAUGAUGAAUCAAUGAAACUCAAAAUUCAUGCUCUUCCCUACAUUGCCGGGAUGUUCGUUAUCAAUUCCAAGUUUCACGUGUUGUCGUGCAAUAACGCCAUCGCUAGAAAUUUAUUGGGAAUCCUGGCACCCGAUGUUUAUGACAAGCUGCUCGAUUUACUUAUUCCCAAAUUCUCUCAAAUUCUCAACUACGGUGUUGAAGCUAGUGGUAUUUCCAUCGUGCCUGGUUUGGUUUUGCCGGAACACUUUUUUCGAAAAUAUGACGCUGUUUUAAGGCUGAAAGAAUUGGGAUCUCUGUCGCUGGAGUUACAGGAGGAGCUUUUCUUUUCUUCAACGGGUAUCGAAGCGAUACAUCGUGAUGGAGGAGUACUCUAUGUCGAUGUUCAAUUACGUGUUCUGAGCGUUGACACGUUUGUGAUUUGGGUCACAUACUCAAGGCCAGUGAGUAAAAUAAAAGGCACGGGGCCAGAAAAUGUAAGUGUGAACCACGAAACAAUUGAGCAUGAGUCACAACUGUUAAUUCCAGUUCCUUUAGAUGAGCACCCAUCGCUUCAUACAGUCCUUCAUCGACGCACGGUUACGACAAGUGAGCUGGUGUCACCUAGUUUACCUCAAAGUGAAGUCAUGGGGGAUAAGGAUGACAUAGCUUAUGAUCCUCCCAAACUCCAGCGAAACAAGCUGGUUCGAAAGGCUAAGGCUGGGACUUUUGCGUUUCCUGUUAAAUUCCUCACUGACAAAACUCGGAACGAACUCCAUUUUAAGCUGAGAAAUGUCCUGAUGGAUGAAGGCGUUAUUGCACUGACCGAUGAGACGUCAGAAAAGCUUCAAGUUUCAACAAUAACGACACAUCUGCCAUUCCAUAUUUACUCAGAGACUGAAAUGCUCAAACUAGAGAAUGACCAGUUAAAGAAAGUCAUGGCCGAACUGAGGUUGUGGCCCAGAGAGAUUGGGACCAGUCGACGUACCAAAAAGUUCAAUGAAUUUGUUGUGGAAAAAGAAAUGGGCGAGGGUGCCUAUGGCAAGGUAGUAUUGGCACAUCACAAGGAGGAUAACAAUUAUCGAGUCAUCAUCAAAUGCAUUGACAAAGAGAGAAUUUUGGUGGACACAUGGGUACGAGACCGCCAACUAGGCACUAUUCCAUCGGAAAUUCAAAUCAUGAAUACACUCAACGCUGAACCGCAUCCUAAUAUCAUGAAAAUCGUUGAUUUCUUUGAGGAUAGCAAAUACUACUAUCUUGAAACACCUAUUUUCGGCAAUCCACCAGCGAUUGAUCUCUUCGAUUAUAUUGAGGUCAAGUCAGACAUGACUGAGGACGAAUGCCGUUUCAUAUUCCGUCAGAUUUGCUCGCUGAUAUAUCAUUUGCAUAAACAUGGCAUCGUUCAUCGAGAUAUAAAGGAUGAGAACAUCAUCGUCGACGAAAAUCGUAUCAUCAAGCUCAUUGAUUUUGGACUGGCAGGUUAUAGCAAACAAGGUCCUUUUGAUGUGUUUGUGGGUACAAUUGACUACGCUCUGCCAGAAGUUUUAAGAGGCGAGCGAUAUGAGGGUAAGCCUCAAGAUAUUUGGGCGUUAGGAAUUCUAUUAUACACAAUGUUGUAUAAGGAAAACCCUUUUUAUAACGUUGAUGAGAUCAUGGAAGGUGACCUUCGCAUACCAUAUGUCAUUUCUCAGGGUUCUCUAUCAUUGGUAAAGCGAAUUCUCCAAAGAGAUAUCGACCAACGUCCAACUAUUACCGACAUCGUUGAGGAUGAUUGGCUUCGUUUAUAA